UACACCCAGAACCUUUCUACUGCAUCUGCUGCUCUCGACACCAGAGUAUAAAUAAUGUUGGAAGCCAAUGUGCGCCACAUCAGCAUAGGAGAACUUGAAUAGCUAGCAAGGAAGAUGGAGUUUCUCUUGGUCAUUGUGUCCCUGCUAGCGGUUGGAAACUCGCAGCUGAUCUUCGAGGUAACACCUCAAACUAUAUCACCAGGAGUCACCCCGUCCCUGAAUCUCCUGUGUACUAUAGAAGAGGCUGAAGAAGUGAGAGUUUUGUCCAUAUCAAUAUUUAGAAAACGUCCUGGAAAAGCAAAAGCACCUCAAGAACCAGUGGCUACCAUCAACUCUCUGGCACCUAGAUUGGCCAAACAGUUGAUUCGUUCACCUCGACUGAACGUGUUUGGUGAACUAGCAAUUGAGGCUGAGGGUAUAAGCUUUUUAAAAGUCAUCUGGCCCUGGCCGAGAGCUGAAGACCUUGGCCUCUACAUAUGCGAGGCGCAGGUACUUGGUGAGUUUGGAGAGUUAGUGUCCCUAAAAAGCGAAACCCAGUUGUCUACGCCGCCGGCUCCAACUAUUUUGAAUCCCACACAAAAUAGACUGUUGAAUAUUGUCCAGACGCUGGUAAACAAGCUCGAGGGUUUUGAUAAGACAUUAGUUUCACUUGAAAGACGCUUGGACAAUGUCACCACCCAAGCUGCUGAGAAAGAGAGAGCGCUGUUGGAGCAAUUGGCUACACUGGCUAAUCAGACCUCAUCACUUUUAACUGAAGGAACCACAGCGGCUACCACUAUAGAAGCAGUGGCGACUACAACUGCGGCCAGGAGGGUUCCACCGACAAGGAGAAGGCCCUAUCCAUGGAGAAGAACUACCGCUAGAACCACGGUAACACCCCAAGUUGCGACAUCCCCAGCCGCUGGUGCUGCCCAGACAACCACAGCUGGCAUAACUGCAGCAAUAGAUGGGAAAACCACAGCAGCAGUAGAUAAAACCACAGUUGCGGCUGGGGAAACCACAAAAGCAGCUGGUGAAGUUGCAACAGAAGCAGGUGAAAUCGUAACACCAGCUGGUGAAACUACAGUUAGUGAAACCACAACAGCAGCUGGUGAAACUACAGUUAGUGAAACCACAACAGCAGCUGAUGAAACUACUGAAGAAGCUGUUGACGAAACUACAAUAGCAUCUGGUGAAACGACAGUGGUGGUAGAGGAAACCACACCAGUUGUAGCAGAUGACACCACCACAGCCUUAGAAGAAGCAACUGACACCUAUUAUGAUGUGACCACACUGACCCCAGAAGAACUAACUGAGGCCUUAGACGAGACGACAUUUUUCAUUGAAGAGUUUCUGGAAACCACUACAAGUACACCAUUGGAACCCGAAACAACAAUAACAAUUACAGAAAUUCAGUUGGUUCAGUUUCUGACAACAGUCAAGAUCCUAAUCGCAAGACUUGAUGCUGUCAACUUCACAGUUUUACAGCUAGAAGAGAGAGUCAAUGGAGCUUUGCCUGAUACAACUUCCAAUGUAACAGACUCUAAUAAAGCUGACACAGAAGCCCUUCUAUCAAGAAUCGAAGAGCUGACAACUUUGGUGGAAAUAAUGAAUUCAACAGUUAUUGUUCUUGAAGAGAAACUUGUAGCUCUUGAAGCUGAUACUACUGACAAUCUCGCAGAAGUGAAUGAAACGAAACCAAUUACUAACACAGUGACUUCGAAAGUGGAAAACGAGACCAAUGAAACAGAAAGUGACCAAGCAACAAUAAGGAAAAUGUCCGAGACUAUUGAAAUCUUAACAUACCAACUGGCACAAUUUAAUCUGACCAUUAUUGAGCUGGAAGAGAGAGUAUCCAGUUACAAGAACACGGAGCUGGAAGCUGGAAACGAGUUGGAGAAUAACAAAGUUGAAAGCGCCGACAACGAAACAGAGACCGAGCCAGUUACAAGACUGACUUUGGUUGCUACUGUAGAAGUCCUGUCUAACCAACUAGAGACUGUCAAUGCAACAUUAUCUGCUUUGGAGAACAAACUCGCUCUCUUGGAAACCCAGGAAAACAAAACAAGUUCCGAGCCAGCUCAAGACCUGGCCAGUUAUUUCACAUCCUUAACUUCAAGUUACUUCCUGUUCAAAGGCUCCGAGAACACAGAUAGUUACAAAGCCCAGGCAGUGUGCGAGUCUAAACAGCUUUAUUUGACAGAGAUUGGAGACCAAGCUGAAUUCAACGUUAUAGAAAUGGAAAUAGCUCCUUUUGUUGUCGAUGAUUGGCUUGUGAUCAUCGCUGGCAAACGAAGAUCAGGAAGAAACGAAUGGGUUUGGCAGAAUAGUGGCUCUAAUGUCACAUACUUUUCAUGGGCGGCUGGAGAACCAUUUCAACCUAAUCAAGACAACGACUGCCUGGCCAUCACAACUGUCGGUGGUGUUGCUAGCAUGGUGUCCAUCCCUUGCUAUGUGGAGAGAGGUCGAUUCUUUUUCUUGUGUGAAAAGGAACUUCCACUAGCCUCCUUCAGAAAUGCAUGAACCACAGCAGCUAUAAAUAAUGUAUUUCACCCUUGACCUAUAUCUACUCGUAGUGUUUAAGACUGAGAACAAAAUGUAGUAGUUUUGUAUAGUUUAUACAACAGCGAUGAUAUAAGAUAAUAGUAUAUAGUAGAAUUAAGUCUUAUACCUUAUCUUAUAAAACUAAGGUGACCCAUCGACACAAUGUAAAUAGAUUGAGUGUACAUCUCAAAACAAUUUUUGUACAGGCAUAACAAUCCACAGAUGAGUAGCCCAUUUCUCUCUUGACCAAUGCUUACAAUAACAGCGUCUGGCCAGCACAAAGUAUAUUUCAUGCAGACGAUGCAGUUGUUGUUUUUUAACUUUUAUUUGUAUAUCCUUAUGCAGGCAAUGACACCAUUAACCACGUCAUAAACACACACUUGCUUGAUAGUCCAUAGAACAGAAACACAUUCUAAAUACUGCAGGAGAGAAUUGUAAAUAAAGGACAACUCUGUACAAUAAUAAACUGAGUAAACAUUGUGUUACCAUGGUGUGUGUGUGUGUGUGUGUUAAGUGCUCCAACUAUUUCUAGAAAAAAGUAACCAGAGAACAAAUUGCGUGUAAAGCAAACUCAAGCUGAAGACCCAACCAUAUUAAAAGAACCCAAAUUUCACUACUGACAAGCCAUCUGUAUUGUAACUAUAUAAAUAUCAAAUCUAAUUCUUACAUUUGUUAGUAAAUGUUUCGGAUGUUCCUUCAGAGUUGAAGAUAAUCUACUUCCUAGUCCAAACCCGCCUGAAGGAAGAUGACAGCGGGCAGGGUAUGAACACUUGGACAAUUGAGACAACCAAACGACAGUCCAGUGUGCCUACCAGUGUGCCUACUGCAAGACCAGGCAGCCAUGAUGUGUAAAUCUGCAAUUAAAGGAAGUUCUCAAAUCUGCCCAUCAAGACACUACCCAGAACCAUCAACAUGAUCGACCAACACCAUGUAAAACAAAACAACACAAAUUUGAUAAGCAGAAAUAAACCCCUGUUUAGGUUGACAACCUGAGAAAAUGUAUGCUGAACUUGUGUGACAUAAUGAGGGGGGGGGGGGGGAAGACAAACCGCCAAUGGAAUCGAUAUCAAAGAGUCUUAUAACUGACCACCAUCCCUCCAAAUGCCAGUACUUGCAACAAAUGAUUUAUGAAAUCAAUCAGUAAAUCAGAAAUCAAUCAAAACUUUUGGCAGUUACUAUUCAUAAAGUCCAAAAACAAAAAACACAUCCAUCUCAAAUAUUUUAUUUACAUUUUAGUACAAAAAAAAAUUCCCAACUUAACUGGAAAAGAAAAAUAGUCUUAACAGAAUUUUAUGUUCACAUCAGAUAGUUAACCAAUUCUUGUUUCUGUAACAAGUUUUCCAAAAUAAAAACAAACUUUAAUGAACACUUCAAAACUAGAUUUUGUGUCCAGUGAGCUAAGAGUUAACAAAUGGUUCAAAUCAAUGGGCUUUGUACAGUUCUCACCAUCCUAUGGCAGCAAAUGGAAAAUGAGAGUUUAAAUACUGAAUAUUCUCACAAGCAUAAAUCAUUACAACAAAAAAUAUUUUCUAUAAACUUAAACAAAAGAUCAAUAUAUAUAACAUAUAAUAUGUGCAAUACUGCCACACAAAUUAUAGGUAGAAGUAUAUAAUAGUAAUAAAUGAAUAAACUAUUGAACAGAUUAAAUCUUUGAAAAAAAAGGAACAAAAAAUGGCAUGCACGUGUUUUAUACAAGGAGAAAAAGGAUAAUAACAAGCUAAUACAGUAAGAAUAGUUUUUUAGUAUAGCGUGGACACACAAAAUAUAUACAUAAUUACAAUCUCAAAUUAGACAAAAAUGGCAAAAAAAUUUUAAUUUGAACAAAUAGCCAAAUAUUACUAUAAAGAGUGUGUUGAAAAUGAAAACAAAAAUUAAUUUGGAAAAUAGAAUUCUAUGAAACAAACAAACACUCUCUUCUCUAAUUUGUGAAGCAAAAAUAAUGUAUAUACCAGUGGUAAAAAUGUAUCCCACAUGGUAACCAUACAAAUGGCUAGACACGCAAUAGACUAUGUCCAACAGAAAUUAAAUCUGAGAAAACAAAACAACACUAUGAUAAUGAGAGUUAUGGACAGAGAGUAUUCAUUGUUAUGUACUUGAACAAUGUUAGUAAGUACAAUGUAAGGGCUUAGGGUUUAUACACUUCUUUAGUUAGAAAAUAAUUUCCAUUAAUAUCUAGUACAUAAGUCAAUGGAAAGACAGAAAAUUCAAAGACUUCAUUAAAAAGAGAAAUUUUACUGGUGAUAGACUUUUAGAAAAUUAUAUUUGUCAAUUUUAAGAAAGGGAGCAUGGUGGCUCUCCAUUUUGAGCUUUGGAAUCUUCAUGACACCCAACUCUAAUGGAUAGCUGACAUAUUGGUGAAGUAGAGUCAUUGUGCUGCCCACAUGACACCCUAGUUAACCAUCAGCCACAGAAGAGGAAAAGAUAACCAUGUCUGAAAGGAGUAUUAUUCUUAUUAAUUUAACAAAAAAAUAUGAAUUGUAUAAAAUAAACUGACAACCAAAGAAAAAAAAAAAAUCAGGGCAAAGAAAACCAUUUCUGUUAGAAAAUUCAGCUGCUAAGACAUUCCUCUAUUAUGUUUUCCUCUGCCAGAACGUACAGUUUUGAUUAUGAGGCAUACUAAGAAAUUGUUCCCAAUCCUGCUCAACCAAAUGACUAUUCUAAGUAGCAGGUAUGUCAUGGUAUAUAAAGCCACUUAUUUGGAACCAACUGCAGGUCAAAUACAAAAUAAAAUCUACCAAACUGAUUGUCAUCCCACAUUUCUUUAAUUAUGGAAAUAAUAUGGAAAGUAAUCAUAAAAAACCAGACAAGGAAAAAUUAUAAAUGCAGUACCCCAAUUUUUUUUUUUAUUUCAUUAUAAUUUACUAUUAAUUAGUAGAAGGUAUAAUGUAUAGUUGAAAACUUUUCUACACUUUUCAAACAUUAUUUAUAAGGCCACUAGGCCUAGCUGCCAUGCAUGGGCUAAACUACUAACACUAGUCAUUAAAUCAAUAACAAACACAGUCCCAUCAUAUAUAUCAUUGAAAACUGUCUUAGUAUUAUAGAAAGUGUCUUAUUUUAGUAUUAAGUCCUGUCAUAGCAUCAUUGAAAACUGCAAUUGUAUCAUUGUAAUUCAAUGUGCUCAGCUCUUCUGAAAAAUAUUCUUUUCAAUCUUUAUAGCAUUUAGUGCAAUACUAUUUCUGAUCUGUGUAUGAAAUAACUUGUUCUUAGAUUGAUGUCUCAGACUUGUAUGGCCCUAAAAGGCUUAGAUGUAUAGAAAGUGGCAUGUGCAUGCAGGUCUUACAACCUAACACAACACAGUAACAGAAGUAGAUGUCUGUUAUUGAGGGCUUGAUGAUCUAGCAUAAAUGCUAA